AUGAUUUCUAAACGGGUUUAUUAAGCUGAAAAAGUUGCCAAGUUCCCCUUUAACGAUUCUAAUCAUGGUUGAGAAAAAAUUCCUGCUAUCAUUUAUGAAAUGAUUAAACUUGAGUGUAUAAUAAGCUAAAAUAUAGUUGCAAGAUAACGCAGGUGUCACUGUGGAGUGGAAUACUUUUGGGAUAUAAAGACAUGCUGUUGAACUUCUUUAGGGUGACAUGGGCCUCAUUCAGCAAAACAUUUCACUUUUUGGAAGCCUGCAAUGAACAUGCCUGCACUUAGACUAGAUCACAAGUGAAUGGUCUUGCCUGUCUGAUGGCGUACGUAUAAUGUCCUGAAUGUAUGAUAAGCCUAAGCUGUUACCACUUCCUGUAUACAUUGUACUUUAACAUCUGACUUGUGCUUCUGUGAGAAUUUGGUCAUGGUGCAAAGAAAAGGGAUUCCUACAACACUUUGCAUUGGUUAAUGCUGUGGGUAGUCAUCCUUAUCGUCAUCAUUCUCAAAACUCAUUAUAUUUUGGCAAGGUUGUUGACGAGGUCAGUAUACUGUAAAGUGACUCUCUUUCCCUCUUUGCUCAGAUCAUGUUCCAAGCAUAUGGAGACAAGCAGGGUCCGUUGCAUGGCAUGCUCAUCAACACCCCGUAUGUCACCAAGGACCUGCUGCAGUCUAAGCGCUUCCAGGCGCAGUCUCUGGGCACCACCUAUGUCUAUGACUUUCCAGAAAUGUUCAGACAGGCACUGAAAAAGCAGUGGCACUCUAGCCAGGCCUAUGCCCACUUACCCAAAUGCCCUCUUCCUUCUGAGCUGCUCACCUUCACAGAGCUGGUUCUUGAUGCCCAAGGUCAGCUGGUGCAGAUGAACCGACUCCCGGGGGGCAAUGAGAUUGGUAUGGUGGCAUGGCGGAUGACCCUGCGCACGCCAGAAUAUCCAGCGGGACGUGAGAUAAUCGUCAUAAGUAAUGACAUCACACACAAGAUAGGCUCAUUUGGGCCCCAGGAGGACGUGUUGUUUCUGCGUGCCUCGGAGAUGGCGCGAGAGAGCGGCAUCCCUCGAAUCUACAUCGCAGCCAACAGUGGCGCCCGCAUUGGGCUGGCAGAGGAAAUCAGACACAUGUUCCAUGUGGCCUGGCAAGAUCCAGCUGACCCCUAUAAGGUGGCAAAGGAAGAAUCUGUGUCGAAGGCAAUGGUAUGGGAACAAAUGGCCCGAAUUGCUCUGAGAGGGGCAACAGCAGCCAGUCUGAGCUGUGUCAUGGACAAGCCUGCCCUCUCAGGUGGCGAGUGGAUCCUUGGUCUCCAUGCUCAGCCAGUUGUGGAGGUGGGUCCCAGACCAGGAGUGCCCAGCUCCCUGAAGAAUUGCUCAACAGAGGCCUGUGCCCUUCACUGGCGUGUGGGGCCGUGGACGCAGUGCACUGCCACCUGCGGACGGCAUGGUUUCCAGUCACGCCAGGUGACCUGCAUGCACCGUCGAACUGGAAAGGCCACACGUGAACAUCACUGCAUGUGGAGGCCUCGCCCUCCCAGCUGGCAGCGAUGCAAUAUUUUGUCCUGCGGCAGAGCAGGAGAGUGUCGAGACAGCACGAGGUACUGCGAGAAGGUUCGACAGUUGGAGCUGUGUCCGCUGCCCCAGUUUAAGAACCGCUGCUGUCAUUCCUGCCGAAACACCUGA